AUACCAACGAACGUGACCAAAUUCCCUGGAUUAAUUUAUCUACCUGCGUGAAACAUUCUUGCCAUAUGAGAACAAAAUCUAAUUGCUAAAAAUGUAUCACUGAUACAAAAUACAGUUCUAAUUAAGUUUAUUAUAAGUCAAUGUAUUUAUUAUUUGAAGACUAAUCGGAAUGCUCAGGAAGGAGACCGCCCGGUCAUACCAAGAAUUCAGUGACGACGAAGAACUGCAGCCGCCGGUUUUCUACCAAGACAAUGGCAAAUCCACUGGUGAUCUGGAGGAAACAGAGGAGGAAUACAUAGCCAGGGUUUUACCAGCUGAAGACACAGUAGACAGCAACCCGUUUGCGUUGUUCAAUAAGGCCUGUCUGAAGAACGUCUUCACAGUGCUGCUCCUGUUCAUUUAUCUGCUACUGACGGCGGUGGCAGUGUUCCUGGCCUACCAAACCAUCACAGACUUCAUGGAGAAACUUAACCACCCGGUCAUGUCCGUCACCUACAAGGAGGUGGAUGUCUUCUCUCCCCCAGGCAUUGCCCUUUACCCUGGGACGGCCCAGCUUCUGAGCUGCAAGCACCACUACCACGCCCACAUCCCCCCACUGGUCACCUCAGGGAAGCCCCAGCCAGGGGACUGUGUGACGGAGGAGGUGACCUACACUGGCCCUUACAACAACCACACCGUGAAGAAGGCGCUGGUGGUCAGCGGUCCGACAGAUGUUAGAAACAGAGAGGUGGUCUUCCUGCAGUUCAGUCAGAAUGAGACAGAGGAGGAUUUUAGCGCCAUCACUUACAUGCUCUUUGACCGAUACAACGACCUGUUCAGAAGUGUGGAUAGAUCAGCAUUCAUGCAAGAUUGUGAGAGGAACUACUCCAUGUGGACCUUCUCUGGAGGCUUUAGGACCUGGGUCAAGAUGUCUCUGGUGAAGACCUCAGGCAAGGCAAAUGAGUCCAUGGAGUUCAGGCAAGAGUCCAGUGUGGUCAAAUAUAAUGACAAGAGAUCUGGAUCGGAGCAGAAAGGUGUUCAGCUUUUCUUUGUAGUGUUUGAAUGGAGGGAUCCCUAUGUACAAGAAGUGAGAGAUAUUGUAACGGCGAAUCCGUGGAAUACCGUAGCCAUUCUUUGUGGUGUGUUCAUGGCUCUCUUCAAAGCUGCUAACUUUGCCAGUUUUAGUGUAAAAUGGGUCAUCAAGAUCCGUAAGAGGCAUCUGAGAAACAGAAACAGGGAACUGAACCACAUUAGUUCAGAGAUUCAAAGUAGAUAGUUCUACUUCGAAUGGGAAAAAAAAAAGAAUAUAGUUCAUUAUUGUCAUGAGACAGGCUUUCAAACUAUCAAGUAUUGUCUCAAUUUUAGGCAGCUGGUUUUUGGAUCAUAACAGUGCCAUCUCUAGCCUUUUGGGGGCCAUAAGCAAAAUUAGAUUUAGGGCCCCCUAGCGGUCAGGGGCUCUAAGUGACCGCUUAUGUCUGGAGCCGGCCCUGGAUCAUUACUUAACAUUUCUAUAUGAUAUAUAAAAACUGCUGCUAAUAUGUUAACACUAAUAACACUUAAGACAACACAACCAUUUUAAAAAUGUCAAAUUUACAGUAAAAAAAUGUUCUAGGUGUAAGUGUAUUUCUUAUGAAACUCUUCAAUCUUGAGCCGUGAGUUUUUUUAAAAAAAUGUCCCUAUUUUAGAAUAACUUUUAAAGUAUCUUAUCACCUCUAAAUUAACUUAACUGAAAAUGUAUAUAACAAAAUGUAAAGGGAAUUCUUUUUUACACUGAGUAGUUCUAGCCAAAUGUGGACCCUGAGGCAGCUUGGUAAAAUAAUUUUUCUGUUUAUUUCCCUUAAAAAACAUCUAUUUCAUAUCUCACUUGAAAAGAAUGUUGUUGCUGAUUGUCAUAGUAUUCUCUUUCGUCUUUUCUUGUAUGGACAAUGUGACUUGAAAAAAGAGAAAUUCAUGGGGGGUGGGGGGGCUGGACUGGAGUUAUCUCUGUAAUUUACUUGAAAUUAUGUAGAACUCUUACUGUGAAAUAAA